GAGAGAGGGGGGGUGCUACGUCGUGUUAUCUCCUCUUCCUUCAUGUCUGCUCCACGCCGCUCUCCUGCCCGCGUCCACUCACCGCCACGCCGCUAGGAGGGCCAGCUUUGUCCUGCCCGCCGACAAAAAGGACUUUGACCGCCACGGCGAAAGAAGCGAGGAAGGAAGAGGCGCAAACCCCCUCCACCCCCCCCCCGGCAUGACCUCCUCUCCAUCACAUCGCUAAAUGGGAUUUGACAACAGCCACUUGCCAUCAGCCCGUGCGGCCAUUCUUCAAAUGAGGACGAUUUAGCCGCUUUUGUGUUCCUCUCAAGACGCAACAAAAGGUCUGCACAUGGGGGCGGGCAAGAGCAAGCCCAAGGAACCGGGCCAGCGCUCCAUGAGUGUUGACGGCACCAUCGGCACAGGCUCUGACAGCGGCCACUUCCACCACCUGAGCCCCGCCCAACAGACCCAAACACCAAACAGAAGCCCUGCAGUGGGGACCGGGCGGCGGGGCUACCAGGGGCAGUACCAGCACGCCCCCACCAACACUCCUGAGCUGGCUCUCUUUGGAGGAGUGGACCACACGGGUACUGUAACCUCGCCUCAGAGAGGACCUUUGUCAGGAGGUGUCACUACAUUUGUGGCGCUGUAUGACUAUGAAUCACGCACCGCAUCCGAUCUGACCUUUCGGAAAGGCGACAGGCUGCAGAUUGUCAACAACACAGAAGGAGACUGGUGGCUCGCCCGCUCCCUGACGACCGGCGAGAGCGGUUACAUCCCCAGCAACUACGUGGCGCCGUCAGACUCCAUCCAAGCCGAAGAGUGGUACUUUGGCAAGAUCACAAGGCGGGACUCGGAAAGGAUCCUUUUGAAUUUGCAGAACAGACGAGGGACUUUCUUGGUGCGGGAGAGCGAGACGACGAAAGGAGCCUACUGCCUGUCAGUGCUGGACUACGACAACACCAAAGGCCUGAAUGUGAAACAUUACAAGAUCAGGAAGCUGGACAGCGGCGGAUUCUACAUCACGUCUCGCACGCAGUUCACCAGCUUGCAGCAGCUCGUCUUCCAUUACCGCAGUGAGGACUCCCCACACUGGCGCUCGCCAGGGGUACUUCUCCGCAUUGACGCCAGCUUUCUUCCAGAGCACUCCGACGGGCUGUGCCACGCUCUAACCGACGUGUGCCCCGUGGCCAAGCCUCAAACCCAGGGACUGGCGAGGGACGCCUGGGAGAUCCCCCGAGAGUCCCUCCGUCUCGACCUCAAACUCGGCCAGGGCUGCUUUGGAGAAGUCUGGAUGGGUACGUGGAACGGUACGACUCGGGUGGCCAUCAAGACCCUCAAGCCUGGCACCAUGUCACCAGAGGCCUUUCUGCAGGAAGCACAGGUCAUGAAGAAGCUCAGGCACGAGAAGUUGGUGCAGCUCUACGCCGUAGUCUCAGAGGAACCCAUCUACAUCGUGACCGAGUACAUGAGCCAAGGCAGCUUGCUGGACUUCCUCAAAGGGGAAGCAGGCAAAAUGCUGCGACUGCCUCAGCUGGUGGACAUGGCUGCUCAGAUCGCAGCGGGGAUGGCUUACGUGGAGAGGAUGAACUACGUGCACAGAGACCUGCGCGCCGCCAACAUCCUGGUGGGUGACAACCUGGUGUGCAAGGUGGCCGACUUUGGACUGGCCAGACUCAUCGAGGACAACGAGUACACGGCCAGACAAGGAGCCAAAUUCCCAAUCAAGUGGACGGCGCCAGAAGCUGCUCUUUACGGCCGUUUCACCAUCAAGUCUGACGUGUGGUCCUUUGGCGUGCUGCUGACAGAGCUGGCCACUAAAGGCAGAGUCCCUUAUCCAGGCAUGGUGAACCGCGAGGUGCUGGACCAGGUGGAGCGCGGCUACCGGAUGCCGUGUCCGUCCGAGUGCCCCGGCUCCUUGCACGAGCUCAUGCUCUCCUGCUGGCGGAAGGACCCGGAAGAGAGGCCCACCUUCGAGUACUUGCAGGGCUUUCUGGAGGACUACUUCACCUCCACGGAACCCCAGUAUCAGCCUGGGGAGAACCUAUAGAACCCCACACACACACACACACACACACACACACACACACGAUGUGCACUAAACCACCUCAGAGAGACUUGAAAUGGAAGCCUGGCUCCUCUGUGCCAUCAUGGACUUGCCAGCACUCACGGUUUACUGGACACUCAGGCUUUGAGGGGCUUCACUGAUGUGGGAGGAGCCAAAGGAGGGGGCGGGACAGACUGGGUCAAAGAGGGACAAAAUGGUCCCUUAUUUAUUAUUUUUUUGCUUCUUAACCGUCCACCCCAUCCUCUGGAGGUGUUGACACAGGUGCCACUCGUCCUCCUUUCAGUGUCUCCGGUUUUUACAAAGCGCUGCUUCUUCUUCUUCUUCUUCUUCUUCUUCUUCUUCAAAACACUUUGCUCCGGAACUUUCUGUAUGUUUACCGUGGACGUGGACUCGGUCAGGUCACAUGACAAUAAACCUCCACUGAACAGAG